AUGGACAUUGUCGUCCUGUCACCAGGAUGUCAGGGUUCUGACCUCCUCUCUGUAGGCCGCGUCGUCUCUGCUGUGAUCGGGCCGGUGAUGGUUUUUGUCAUGUCUGAACAGAGGAGCACCAAGCACAGAACCCUGAGGGGCUCCGGUGCUGAGAGUCAGGGUGAAGGAUGUGGUGGUGCAUAUCCACACAGCCCGUCGGCCAUCAGGGAGCUCGGGAUACAUUCACAGAGGGAGGGAGAGGGCAGUGUGGAGGUUAGGGUGUCAGGGAGUGAGGAGGUGAUGUGGGACGAGUCUAACCCCUCAAAACACUUCAUGAAGGUGGAGAUGAGAGCCGCUGAGCGGCAGAGGGCUGUGGCUCUUUUUGGGGACUGGGACAAUGGAGGUCUUCGUCAAAUGAGAGAGAGACUGAGCAGGGACAAGAGUUUCACUAAUUAUGCUUUUGUCUUUUACUGCAUUGCAGGACCUGAAGUACCUUCAAAUGGAUCAGCUGGUUUGUCUCCUGAGAAUUGGGACAUUUUAGACAAUGGAAGGACCAUCAGUGAUUUCAUAGACGGUAAAAUAAAAGAGCGCAGUUUAUUGAACAUCGAGGAGCCGUUCCAUGUGGCAGAUCUAGACAGCAUACUGAGGAGGCACCACAGGUGGGUGACUAACCUGCCUCGAGUCAAGCCUUUCUAUGCAGUCAAGUGCAACAACACAGCAGCAGUUCUGAAGAUGAUGACUGUUUUGGACACUGGUUUCGACUGUGCCAGCAAGGGUGAGAUCCAGAAGAUACUGUCCCUGGGAGUGUCGCCUAAUAAAAUCAUUUACGCACAUACAACCAAACCGAUGUCUCACCUCAGAUAUGCCUGUGCUCAUGGAGUAGAUGUGAUGACUUUUGAUAAUGAGGAUGAACUCCUAAAAGUUUCUCUCUGUCACCCCAAAGCCAAACUGGUACUCCGCAUCGCAGUGGAUGACUCCAAAUCGCUGGUUAGACUGAAUUCAAAGUUUGGAGCCAGACUGGUGUCAGUCGGUAAGCUGCUGGAACGUGCUGGAGAGCUCGGCGUGGAGGUCAUUGGGGUCAGCUUUCAUGUCGGCAGCGGCUGCACUAAUGGUUCGGCGUUCAGGCAGGCCAUAGUAGAUGCACGCCAUGUCUUUGACGUUGGGAAUUUGCUGGGGUUUCAGAUGAGACUCGUGGAUAUUGGUGGAGGAUUCUCUGGAAUCGGAGACUUUCAUGAGAAAUUUGAAGAGUUUUCAGACGUCAUUAAUGGAGCACUGGAUGAGUUAUUCCCACCUGACAGCGGGGUGCAAAUCAUCGCAGAACCAGGACGAUUCUACGUGGAAUCAGCCUUCACUCUGGCGGUGAACGUCAUCGCCAAAAGAGUAAUCUUAGAUGAUAUGGAUGAACAUGACGGUGGAGAGGAAAACAGCCGUGACAGGAUGAUGAUUUACUACAUUAACGAAGGAGUGUAUGGUUCCCUGAGCUGCAUUAUCUUUGACCCUGCAAACAACAACAUUAAACCAUAUCCUCACAGGGCUGUCGAGAGCAGCGAGCAGAGAUACCGCGCCGUCAUCUGGGGUCCAACCUGCGACAGCAUCGACAAAAUAACCGAAAAAUACUGGAUGCCUGAGUGUCACGUGGGGGACUGGCUCCUUAUCGAAAACAUGGGUGCUUACUCUGUUAGCGUGGUCACUGACUUCAACAGCUUUGAGAGAGCUCACAUUUACCCCGUUGUGACCGCUGAGACGUGGCGCCACAUUCACAUUACAUCCUCCAUUUGUUUUUGAUAACUAAAUGAAAUGAAUGAAACUGAAUGAGAAUAAGUAAAUGAAAGGAAAUGGGAAAUAAAUGUAGUUUUGUGUACCUGUGUCUUAUUACAGGUAUGUAACUAUUUUAUAAUUAUGUUAUUAUUAACAUACAUUCCCAAUAACAAUUGAAAUUAUAUUAAUUUAACUAUUAAACUAACUAUCAAUAUUGGGUUAUACGUUCCACUAAACAUGAGAUGGAUUUGUCUAGUCUUGUUUUUAAAAAAAUCAUCAUGUUUUUGUGAAAAUUUUGAUUUUAUGGUACUUCCCUCGAUUGCGCAUUGUUGCCAUAUGGCAACAAUUUAUUAACUACCCCUUUUUAAAAAAUCUUUUUUUUAAUUUAAUAUUUGCAUUAAACAAGUCAUUUUAAGAAAUAAAAACACAUCAAAACAUUUUUAGCAUGUUUAAAUAAUAAUUCAUGCAGUAGAGGGUUAAGUGUAUGCUACAUAAUGUGUUUGUUGGUUGUUUCAAAGACAUGAUAGUUUUUAUUUUCUACAUUUUUUGUUGUUUUGUAUUAUUUUGUUAUGUAUCCUUCACUAAUGGCAGAUUUGUUUGUUAUUCACCAUUUUCUUUUGUUAUUGUUUUUUUACUAAUAUCGGUAUUUAUAACUCCUGACAGACAUUGCUGCUAGUUUGUCGUAUUUUUACGAUUGCUGUCAUAUACUGAAAGUGACUUCAGGGCAUUAAAACAAUGGUUUGAUGCUGAUGAUAAAUAACAUCGUGUUUUUGUCAGCAAAUAAAAUAAUUAAAUGUU